UGCGUAAUGCGCGCAUACUCCUUAUCCGGUUUCCGUCGCUGGUCCUAGUCGUUUCAUGCUUCCAUCCCUUUUCUCCCCUCUGCCUUUUUGUCUGACAAGAAAAGCAACAGUAAAUCAGCAACCAUGGCCUCUCCGUCACUAGCUUCAAUCCUCACUUCUUCUUCCUACUGCCCCACUCUCACCUCACCUUCUUCCUCAGCUCCAACGCUAACCUCCUUCAAUGUCAAUUCUAGAGCUUGUCCCAAAAUAACCGAGCACCUGCAUCAGCAGAGCCAGAGGAGCAGCCGUGGUCUUUCUGUGAAGGCCCUAACUCUAGACUUCUCUGGCUCCUUCUUUGAAGGAGGAGUCGAAGAUGAUGAACCACCUGGUUCCUCGAUUUCGCUGUUGGAUGGCAAGGAAGAGCCUCAGUGCCCACCUGGCCUCCGCCAAUACGAGACCAUGGCCGUCUUGAGGCCCGACAUGUCGGAGGACGAGCGUCUUAAUCUCACUCAAAAGUAUGAAGAGUUGCUUGUUGCUGGGGGUGGCAUGUACGUGGAAGUAUUCAACAGAGGAGUCAUUCCUCUUGCAUACAGCAUUAAGAAGAAAAACACGGCUGGAGAGAGCAACACAUAUUUGGAUGGUAUCUAUCUGCUUUUCACCUAUUUCACGAAACCAGAGUCCAUAGCAGCCCUUGAGGAGAGACUGAAGGCUGAUGAUGAUGUUAUUCGGUCCUGUACCUUCAAGAUAAGGAAGAGGAAGAACUAGGUCUGGUUGACGGCCUCCAAUAUCAAAACAAGAAAGAAAAAUUAUCAGAUGUCAAUAUGAGCUCAUGUGUCAUUGUUCUCUUUUGUUUGCUUUUUCCCCAAUUCUAUCAGGAUUUAGUUAGGUACUUGGGUGGUUUCCUUGCGGCAAAAUUUCUUAAGUUAACGGGGUGGGAGCAGGAAUAUAUAUAUUUUUUAAUUUUUUUGGGCACACUUCACGAUAAUUUCGUUUUUAUACUCUGAUUCAUUGUUUUACUUUUAUUGACCAAAAGGUUGUUAGCUCUUGUAAUCAGUGUUGCUCAAUGCCAUCUGAUUGAUCACCACAUGUUUGAUUACUCGUUUUCAGUCACCUUCGAAUGAGUUGUGAGUUGUGACAGAGUAGAAUAGAGAUAUUCUUACCAUGUCAAACACUCGAAGAAGACAAAUCAAUGGCUACUUCAUGUUUCCUUCUUGAUCAA